GCAGUCGGCGGGCCGAGGCCAUGGGGGAGCCGGCAGACGAGGCGCCGCUGCUCUUCUGGGCCGAGGGCCCCGCGGUCUCCCUGCCGCAGGCCGAGCCGGAGCGGGGCGGCUGGAGCCUGGCCCCGGGGGGCGGCGCGGCGUGGGGCGGCCCCGGGGAGCUGCCGCGGGGGCCGGAGGCGGACCAGAUCGUGGCGGUGUUCGUGGUCACCUUCGAUCCCCGCUCCGGUAACAUGGUGGAAUGGUGUUUGCCCCAAGACAUUGACUUGGAAGGUGUUGAGUUCAAAUCCAUGGCAAGUGGAUCGCACAAAGUCCAGUCGGAUUUCAUUUAUUUCCGGAAAGGGCUCUGCUUCGGCCUGGCCUGCUUUGAAAACAUGCCCGUGGAGAGUGAAUUAGAGCGUGGCGCCCGCAUGAAGUCUGUGGGGAUUCUCUCCCCUUCAUACACCCUGCUCUAUAGAUACAUGCACUUCCUGGAGAACCAGGUCCGACACCAGCUGGAGAUGCCAGGGCAUUACUCCCACCUAGAGGCAUUUUAUGAUGACAAGAAGGGGGUUCUCCCUGCUGGCAAGGGUACCUCCAGCUCUCAGCCACCCGUCCACUGGCUGCCCUCCAUCCACAGAUACAUGUAUCCAGAGAUGAAGAUCACACACCCCGCAGGCUGUAUGUCUCAGUUCAUUAAGUUCUUUGGAGAGCAGAUCUUCAUCCUCUGGAAGUUCGCUCUGCUACGCAAGCGCAUUUUGAUAUUUUCACCACCGCCAGUAGGAGUUGUCUGCUAUAGAGUGUAUUGCUGUUGCUGCCUAGCCAAUGUCUCACUGCCUGGCAUUGGGGGGACCGUUCCAGAGUCCAAGCCUUUCUUCUAUGUGAAUGUGGCAGACAUAGAAAUGCUGGAGACUGAAGUGUCUUAUGUGGCCUGCACGACGGAAAAGAUCUUUGAGGAGAAGCGAGAUCUCUACGAUGUCUAUGUGGAUAACCAGAAUGUGAAGACGCACCAUGAGCACCUGCAGCCACUCCUGAAGAUUAACAGUGCCGACAAGGAAAAAUACCGGCGGCUCAAUGACCAGAGGCAGAUGUUGAUGUACUCUCAGGAGGUGGAGGACGACUGCAGCUCCUGUGAAGAGGAUCUCUUUAUCUUGUUUUUCAUGGAGCAGAACAAUCGGAUAUUUCAGACACUGAUGGAGGUGUCAGCCAGCCAGGACAAGACCUUGACAGCUGACCAUGCCCGGGGCAUGGGCCUGGACCCACAAGGUGACCGAAGCUUCCUAAUGGACCUGCUGGAAGUGUAUGGCAUUGAUGUCAUGCUAGUCAUUGAUAACCCCUGCUGCACUUAAACUGAGGACAAGAGAGACAGGGAGCAGCGAUGGCUUUUUAAAGACUAUGGAACAUUGCUUAGGAGCAUCACUGGAACUCACCACACCGUCACUGGAAGGAUCUCAUUUAUUUAAUAACUUUAUACAGAAAAGUAUUUAUAAUUUUAAACAAAAUGUGAUUUUAUUUUCCUUUCUUCAGGAUUGACUGCUCAAGGUUUGGUUUGGUUUUUUCCUGAUAUCCAUAGGAGCAAUGGCACCUUUUCACCAACCCUCACCGUUGACAUUGGCAGCUGUUUUUGGCCUAGUCUGGACUUCUGAGGGGCUGGAGAUUUCAGGGAAAGCACCUUCUCUCAUGGGGACCAAUGUGAAAUCAUGCAUAUUUGAGCCUUCAGGAGUUGACUGUGGAGAAUGUCCCCUCCAACUGGGUAUUGUACAGUGCUCCCCAAUCUUUUCAGCAUCCUCCACCCUACCGUGUCUCUCACUGGGGACAGUUGAUUAUGCAGGUUAGACUCUGUACACCCCACUCGCCCACCCUUUCAGCAGUUGAGUUGGAGUCCAACCACCAUUCCCAUCUCUGGCAAAAGAAAAUGGUUAAGACUAGACACGCUACAGGAUCAUGUGAUCGCUUUGCAUUAUGGGAUGCUAGAAGAUGUUACGUUCUCAUUUCCAGCAUUUGAAAGGUGGAGUGAUCUAGAGCCUACCCUCCCCAUUUCAUGCCUGGAGCGCAGGAGAAUGGAGAAACUCUUCACCUCCUGGUGUCUCCUAAACUCCCCCUUUAUUUAUUAUUUGCAUGGAUCCUGCUUUGAUUAAAGAUUUUUAAAACAG